GGCAACCCCUUUGGGUCUGCUUCCAUGUGGUGGAAGCUUUGUUCUUUAGCUCUUUGCAGUAACUCUUGCUUCUGCUCACUGUUUGGGUCCACACUGCCUUUAUGAGCUGUAACACUCACUGCAAAGGUGUACAGCUUCACUGCUGAAGCCCCCGAAACCACGAACCCACCAGGAAGAACGAAUGACUCCAGACGCGCCCCCUUAAGAGCUGUAACACUCACCGCGAAGGUCUGCAGCUUCACUCCUGAGCCAGCGAGACCACGAACCCACCAGAAGGAAGAAACUCUGAACACAUCAGAACAUGAGAAGGAACAAACUCCGGACACGCGGCCUUUAAGAACUGUAACACUCACUGCGAGGGUCGGCGGCUUCAUUCUUGAAGUCAGUGAGACCAAGUACCCACCAAUUCCGGACACACUAUUACCUAGCUAACUCCUAUUUAUCCUCCCAGUUUCUCAGCUUAAAUAUCACCUUCUGAGGGAAGCCUACCCUGACCGUCCACACCUGGGUCCAAGAGCACUCAAACUUCUUUUUUACAGCAUUUGGCACACUUGACGAGAAAUAGCUAAUGGUGUACGCACUUAGUAUUGUUUGUCUCCCCCUGCUGGAAUAGAAGCUUCUUGGUGGCAGAGACGCGUCUAUCUGCUUUACUGCUGUACCACCAGUAUCUAACACGGUUCCUAACAGUUCCUAACGGUACCUCAGAAAGUGCCCCGACUGAAAUACUGCCAGAGACUGGAUCUCUGCGAAGCUCUCAUGGGAACUGUACAAGGAAAGAGAAGAUUCUCUUUGCUAGAAUCCCCAAAGGGAGACCAGCCCACAACCUCCCCAUUGCUUUCCCAGGAAUGAUGUCCUUAUAAGAAGACGAAAAGGAAAAGACACCAGAGAUCUUUCUCUUUCCGCGUGGACACGGGGAAGAGGGCAUGUGAGGAAGAGAGGCUUCACCAGACACCAAGCCUAAAGGUCCUGAUCUUGAACUUCCGUCCUACAGAAGGAGUCUUCCAGUGCAGUCCAGAUAACAUCUCUGAGAGUCUCUUGAGACCACUGAAGCAAGAGGCUUCAACACAGAAAGCCCAGAAGGAGCCCAGAAGCAACAGUUCGAGACAGGCGCUUUCUGCGGCCAAGUGGAUAAGAGGAGUGGCCUGCAACCAUGGGAGAGGCCCUGGGUAUCAAGAGCUGUGACUUUCAGGCAGCAAGAAACAAUGAGGAGCACCACACCAAGGCCCUCAGCUCCCGGCGCCUCUUUGUGAGGAGGGGGCAGCCCUUCACCAUCAUCCUGCACUUCCGCGCUCCAGUCCGUGCAUUUCUGCCUGCCCUGAGGAAGGUGGCCCUCACUGCACAAACUGGAGAGCAGCCUUCCAAGAUCCACAGGACCCAAGCCACAUUCCCAAUUUCCAGUCUGGGGGACCGAAAAUGGUGGAGUGCAGUGGUGGAGGAGAGAGAUGCCCAGUCCUGGACCAUCUCUGUGACCACACCUGCGGACGCUGUCAUUGGCCACUACUCGCUUCUGCUGCAGGUCUCAGGCAGGAAGCAACACCUCUUGGGUCAGUUCACACUGCUUUUUAACCCCUGGAGUAGAGAGGAUGCUGUGUUCCUGAAGAAUGAGGCUCAGCGCAUGGAGUACUUGUUGAACCAGAAUGGUCUCAUCUACCUGGGUACAGCUGACUGCAUCCAGGCAGAGUCCUGGGACUUUGGCCAGUUCGAGGGGGAUGUCAUCGACCUCAGCCUGCGCUUGCUGAGCGAGGACAAGCAGGUAGAGAAGUGGAGCCAGCCGGUGCACGUGGCCCGUGUGUUGGGUGCCUUGCUGCAUUUUCUCAAGGAGCAGAGGGUCCUGCCCACCCCACAGACCCAGGCCACCCAGGAAAGGGCCUUGCUGAACAAGCGCCGGGGCAGCGUGCCCAUCCUGCGGCAGUGGCUCACUGGCCAAGGCCGACCUGUGUAUGAUGGCCAGGCCUGGGUGUUGGCUGCUGUUGCUUGCACAGUGCUGCGAUGCCUGGGAAUCCCUGCCCGCGUGGUGACCACGUUUGCCUCAGCACAGGGCACCGGUGGGCGUCUGCUCAUAGAUGAAUACUAUAAUGAGGAGGGACUACAGAACGGAGAAGUCCAGAGAGGCAGAAUCUGGAUCUUCCAGACUUCCACAGAGUGCUGGAUGACGCGGCCUGCCUUGCCCGAGGGUUAUGAUGGAUGGCAGAUUCUGCACCCAAGUGCUCCUAAUGGAGGUGGAGUCCUGGGGUCCUGUGAUCUGGUGCCGGUCAGAGCAGUCAAGGAGGGGACGCUGGGGCUGACCCCAGCAGUGUCAGACCUUUUUGCUGCCAUAAAUGCCUCAUGUGUGGUCUGGAAGUGCUGUGAGGAUGGGACACUGGAGUUGACUGACUCCAACACAAAGUAUGUUGGCAACAACAUCAGCACCAAGGGUGUGGGCAGUGACCGCUGCGAGGACAUCACUCAGAACUACAAGUAUCCUGAAGGGUCUCUUCAGGAAAAAGAGGUGCUGGAGAGAGUCAAGAAAGAGAAAAUGGAACGUGAGAAAGACAACGGCAUCCGUCCUCCCAGUCUCGAGACUGCCAAUCCUCUGUACCUGCUCUUGAAAGCACCCAGCUCCCUACCCCUGAGAGGGGAUGCCCAGAUCUCAGUGACGCUGGUUAAUCACAGUGAGCAGGAGAAGGCAGUGCAGCUGGCACUUGGGGUCCAGGCUGUACACUACAACGGUGUCCUUGCUGCCAAGCUCUGGAGGAAGAAGCUGCACCUCACGCUCAGUGCCAACCUGGAAAAGAUAAUAACCAUUGGCCUGUUCUUCUCCAAUUUUGAGCGAAACCCACCCGAGAACACCUUCCUUAGACUCACCGCCAUGGCAACACACUCUGAAUCCAACCUUAGCUGCUUUGCUCAGGAAGACAUUGCCAUUUGUAGACCACACCUUGCCAUCAAGAUGCCAGAGAAAGCAGAGCAGUAUCAACCCCUCACAGCCUCAGUCAGCCUCCAGAACUCCCUAGAUGCCCCCAUGGAGGACUGUGUGAUCUCCAUCCUGGGAAGGGGGCUGAUUCACAGAGAGAGGAGCUACAGAUUCCAUUCAGUGUGGCCUGAAAACACCAUGUGUGCCAAGUUCCAGUUCACGCCAACACAUGUGGGGCUCCAGAGACUCACUGUGGAAGUGGACUGCAACAUGUUCCAGAACCUAACCAACUAUAAAAGUGUCACCGUGGUAGCCCCUGAACUUUCAGCUUAAACUUCCAGCUCUAUCACCACUCUCCUGCCAACCCUUGCUCUACAAUCUAAACCAAACAUGUGCUAGGAAGAGAAACUUUGCGUCUCAGUGUUUGUGUUGCUAUAAAGGAAUACCUGAGGCUGGGUAGUUUAAAAGAAAAGAGGUUUAUUUGGCUCACGGCUCUGCAGGCUGUACAAGAAACAGUGAGGGCUUCAGGCUGCUUCCACUUAUGCAGGAAGAUGAAGGGAGGCAACGUGAGCAGAGAUCACAGGGCAAGAAUGGGUUGAGGGGUAGGGGUAAGUGCCAGGUGCCAGCCUCGUUUUAACAGCCAGCUCUGGGGUGGGGGAGGGACGUAUAGAGCGAGAACUUACUCAUUACGCCACCAAUGGAAUGAAGCCAUUCAUGAGGGAUCCAAACACCUCCCAUUAGGCCCCACCUCCAACACUGGGAAUCAAAUUUCAGCAUGAGGUUUGGAGGGUUGAAUAUCCAAACUACAUCACUUUAUCAGAUAAAUGAGUAGUCAUUCAGGUUGAAAAGGUGCUCAGAUACCUUUAAGGAGUACAUUCAGAUUGUUCAGGUUCAGGUUUUUUGCAACCAUUUUACUGCUCAUUAAUACAUUCAUUAACUUACAGAUAAGGGAAAGGACCUAACACUUAAAUCAUUCUUAUAUUUCUGAUGAAGUGGGAUAUUAUCCCAAAAUGGAAUUUUUAGGUAAUCUUAAAAUUACAUUGAUCAAGCUGGGCUUGGUGGCUCACAUCUGUAAUCCCAGCACUUUGGGAGGCUGACGUGGGCAGAUCACCUGAGGUCAGGAGUUUGAGACCAGCCUGGCCAACAUGGUGAAACCCCAUUUCUACUAAAAAUACAAAAAUUAGCUGGACAUGGUGGUGUGCAUCUGUAGUCCCAGCUACUUGGGAGGCUGAAGCCAGAGAAUCGCUUGAGAACCUGGGAGGCGGAGGUUGCAGUGAGCCGAGAUUGUGCCACUGCACUCCAGCUUGGGGGACAGAGCAAGACUCCAUCUCAAAAAAAAAAAAAAAAAAAAAAAAAAUUACAUUGAUCAGUGCUUUCCCUGAUCGUUAUCCUUAAAGAUCCAAACAUGGCUGAACAAAGUUAUACAAUAUAGGACCUGAGAGAAUAAUUCAGCUAUAGGUAAGUCUUUAUAUUAGAGUUCUAUAUUCAUUAAGUA